AUGGUUUCUCGUAACUUGCUCGCCGGAGCCUUGGCUAUACUCUCUUCUCGAGCCGUCAUUGCUGGGCCAUGCCGUUUAGUCUCUCCCGUUGAAGCUUCAUACUCGACGACCAUCGUUGUUUCUGCUUCCACCAAGGUCCACUCCACUCAUGCACUGGAGACUUCUCUUACUGUUCCUAUGACCGAUGUCACAACCUCUACUGUCAUUGAGGAGGCUACUACGACCACUGCCGAUGAUUUGACCACUACCACUAUGUCCUUCGCAGUCCCCACUACCUUCAAACUGCGUGCUCAUGGCAACUUUGCUGAUGGCUUGGCCCUCAAGUCAGAAGGCAACCCAGGCGGUUGGUUAGCGUUUGGUGAACUCACGAAUACUUUCCAAGAAGUCAUAUUCAGCUUCGACGAGAAAACAGGCUAUAUCCAAUAUGACUCCAAAGAUGUCUGCGUUUACUACGACGACGAUGGUUUGGCCGCCCAAGUCAAAACGUGUACUUCCCUACAGUCAGGCAGACAAGGGCCUCUUACUUGCGAGAAGCCCACUAGCAACCAGCUCAAGUGCAUGAUCCCAGGGAAGACGUGUUCUAACCCUCCAUCUUUCCCCAUAGCAUUAUGCACUCCCACCGGUGAUGAAUGGGCUCAGUUGUUCGUGAGACCAUAUGUCAGUGGUUCAUUCUUGUUCUAUCUUGGCAAUGGGAACGCGAUGGCUGACGAACUCGACGACAUGGAUUUGCGGGCUGUUGAUAUUGAAUUGAGUAGGGAGACAUAA